UAAAAAAAUUGCGGAAUUUUUUAAUAUUUUUUUGGUAAAAACAUCAUUUAAUUAAAUUAACAUGGAAGUAGUUGAGGAUAUUCAUGAACAUCCUAGUGAGGAUCAUCUUAAGAUUCUCAAAAGUAAUUUUCAAAUUGACAAUUUUAAGGAAGAACAAUGGAAAGCAAUUUCACAAUUAAUGUAUAAAAAGGAAGAUGUCUUUAUAUCCACUAGAAGUGGCUAUGGAAAGUCAUUAAUCUAUCAGUUUCCACCAGUAUUCUUAGGCAAAAAAGCAAUCGUAAUUUCACCAUUAAUAAGCUUGAUGGAAACGCAAGUUCAAAUGUUGAAAAGUCUCGGAAUCUCGGCAUGUUUUAUAAGUGGUCAACAAAAGAAUAUUGGUCUUAAUCUUGAGAACUAUACUGUAAUUUAUUCAACACCCGAAAAUUUUGCAGUCAUUAGAGGAAUCAUCAAAUGGGCAGCAGACAAUGAUGAGAUCUGUCUUAUUGCCAUUGAUGAGGUUCACUGUAUCUCAAAAUCAUCAUCUGAUCAUCGUCCUGCUUAUGCACUUUUAAAAUGUAUUAAAAAUAAUUUCCCAACAAUUCCUAUAGUCGCAUUGACAUCAACAGCAUCAAAAGACACAACAGCUGACAUUUGCAAUGUGCUGUCACUCAAAAGUCCAUUAAUGAUUCAAGUGCCAUUAGAUCGUCCAAAUAUCGAAUAUACAUGCAUUCCACAAACUAAUUGCUUCAUUUCUGAUGUUAAACGAUACAUUUUGGAUCUACCCAUGGGAUCUGGCGUUAUUGUCUAUUGCUUCAAAAGGGCUGACACACAAAACUAUUCAGAUAUUUUAACACGUGAAGGCUUUCCAUCAAAACCAUAUCAUGCAGGCUUAGUUGAAGAGAUUCGUAGGGAGACACUUCGAGACUUUAUGAACGGUAGACUUAAUUAUAUUGUUACUACAAAUGCAUUUGGGAUGGGAGUUGAUCGACCUAAUGUUCGCGUUGUUAUUCAUUAUGGUAUACCAAAAAAUCCUGAGACUUAUUAUGUGGAAUCUGGCAGAGCUGGAAGAGACGAGUUGCCUGCAAAAUCAGUUAUAUUCUGGAGUGAAAAGGACUAUAAGUUCCACAAUUUUUGCUUUAAAGAAAAUAACAAAAAGAAGCCAUUUUCAAAUCAAAACUUCAACAACUGCCAAAUUCAGCUAGCCAAAAUGCAGAAAUAUUCAACAGUCACAAGAUGCAGACGUGCAACGUUACUUAGCUAUCUCGAAGAAUUCAUUCCUUCAGUUGUUACUGAGUCCUGUUGUGAUAAUUGCUUAAGAACACUUCACCAAGCAGUCGGUCUUAAAAAUAUGUACAAAGAAAUUUAUUCCAAUGACCAAAUCGAUGUCACCAAUGAUGUUCGGAUGAUCUUGAAUCUCAUAAAUUCAUAUCAAGGAAAAUGUAAACAUGAAAUGCUCGUUGAUUUUAUAACCGGCACAAUGCCGACGGAAUUUAAUCCAAAACAUCCUGUUGAAUAUUUCUCGUGGGGCGCAAGUAAGUCCAAAAAUUGGUGGAGCAGCAUUUUGAAGAUUGUGAAGAAGAAACUGUUCGUAGAUCGAUAUACAGCCGUGCGAAGCAAUGAAAACAUCAUUGAAUUAUGGGGAGGAAUAACACGUGAUGACUACGUCCGUAUAACUCAAAAAGGCAUAAGAUUUAUGCGACUAAAGAGCAAGAAGUUAAUUUGUGAAGCAAAAUCUGAUUUCUUACAAUCACUGACCAAGACUGAAACUGAAUAUUACAUUAUUGAUGGCAUUGUCCAUGAAAAGCCUCGUUUUAAAGACACAAAAGUGUUUGAUUUUAGUGCCUUAGAGACUAGUUUGAAUAAAAGUUCACCGAGGAAGCGGCUUGCAAGUGAAAGUGACAUUUCAGAAGUAUCAUUGACGGAAUUAUUCAAGUCACCCUUCAAGGAUGACAAUGUGUCACCGGCAAGUCCAAAAUUGCAGAAAAUGAGUGAAUCGAGUACGGAUGAGAAUAAGCCUUGCUGCUCGCAUUGGAAUAAGAAUGUCGAUAAGGAAAUGAAUGGUGAUAAGGAACAAAAGGAAGGACAGAGGUGUGAAGAACCGAAUCUGAAUAAUAUUGACUUAAAGACGUGCAAAAUUGUAGUUCCGCUGAUUAGAAUGAAUGGAGGUUUCGAUCCAGCCUCGUCUAGUUCCGAUAAAACCGACAAAAGUGUUAAUUAAAUCCAUAAGGAAAUUUGUGAUAGACAUUAGUUUUUGUUGUCUCUUUGUCAUCUUUUUUUCUAUCCAAAUACCUCAAAAUGUUAGAAUUUAUUACUCAUCCAAUCAUAAUUCAAACUAAGGAAGUAACAUCAAGUUUUUUUAUUCAUAUAGAUUUUAAGAUGAAAGCAUUGAAAUAAAAUUUUG